CACAGAGAAAACAAAGUAACAUAACCUUCAUCUGAUUUGAGGUUAAGGUUGACUCGAAAGGAGUGGAGUGUUAUUCUUAAAUCUAGUUACUGGUACUGUCAUAAAUAUUUGUAUUUAAUUCAAUUUCAUUAGUAAGUAUCGAAAUGUCUGCACAAGGAACUUGCGAAUCUCCUAAUUGUUCAAAACCUGCAAAAUUACAAUGCCCAACAUGCAUCAAAUUAGAUAUACCUGGAUCAUUUUUCUGCUCUCAGGAAUGCUUUAAGGCAAACUGGAAGGGCCACAAAAUUAUUCAUAUAUUAGCUAAAGGCGAAGGUCCCAGUGAUGAUACCGAAAAAGCCUAUAAUCCAUGGCCAUAUUUCCAAUUCACUGGUAAGUUGAGGCCGUUCCCUCAAUCGGCAAAAAGGACAGUGCCAGCCUCGAUAAUGAGGCCUGAUUAUGCUGACCACCCACAAGGGUACCCAGUCAGCGAACAAGCUGUUAAAGGUACUAGUCAAAUCAAGGUUCUAGACGAUGAAGAAAUAGAAGGAAUGAGAGUGGCCUGUAAAUUAGGAAGAGAAGUUUUGGAUGAGGCUGCUAGAGUUUGUGAUGUCGGAGUUACUACAGACGAAAUAGAUCGUAUUGUGCAUGAGGCCUGCAUUGAGAGGGAUUGCUACCCUUCCCCUCUUAACUAUUAUGAAUUCCCAAAAUCAUGUUGUACAUCUGUGAAUGAAGUUAUUUGUCACGGAAUUCCCGAUACAAGACCCCUUCAGGACGGAGACCUUUGUAAUGUUGACAUUACUGUAUACCAUAAUGGCUUUCAUGGUGACCUUAAUGAAACAUUUUUUGUUGGAAAUGUGAGCGAUAAGCACAAGAAUCUGGUUAAGGUUACCUAUGAGUGUUUGGAGAAGGCCAUUCAGUUUGUUAAACCUGGUGAAAAGUACAGGGAUAUUGGAAACAUAAUACAAAAACACGCCCAGGCGAAUGGUUACUCUGUUGUCAAGAGUUAUUGUGGACAUGGGAUCCACAGACUCUUCCACACUGCCCCAAAUGUACCCCAUUAUGCAAAGAAUAAAGCAAUCGGCAUAAUGAAACCUGGUCACUCAUUUACCAUUGAGCCAAUGAUCUCAGAAGGAACCUGGAAGGAUAUCAGCUGGCCCGACCAGUGGACUGCGGUAACAGCUGAUGGACUUUGGUCCGCCCAGUUCGAGCAAACCUUACUGGUUACAGAUACAGGUUGCGAAAUAAUGACUCGAAGAAGAAACAACAAUGGAUUACCUCAUUUCACAGAUAAAAUAUGAAAAUUUUUGUUGUGUUCACCUUGAUUAAAAUAUUAUUUUAAUCUGAAAA